ACCCCACAUUGAUGCCUUGAUUGUGACGUCUCAGCAAAGCUAGCGUCUGCAGAUUCAAUAUUGACUACCUUCCCAUCUCAAGCUGGUGUUUCUUUCGAAGAUGGAUCGCGCUGGUCAAAGCAGUCGUCUUGUCAAUAUACCCGAUACCACCGAUUCAGGAAUAGCUGGCACUACUGCGAGCUCAAUUAUCCCAGGGAGCCCUGCAGUCGUGAUCCCCAACCAGGAGAACACCGUUUCGAGUUCAGCACAUGAAAGUCCAAUUGAUGCACAAUCCCUUCAUGCAAGCUCGUGCAAGUCAGAUUGUGUAAUGGAGUCUCAAAUCAGCGAGCAGGAAAAUCACGGCAUUCGGUCAUCGACUGGAGCGCCCAGAAGACUUAGUGCGAGCACAGCUACAAGCUCCUUAAGUGAAAUUGAGCCUUCUUUGCCGAAAUUAGGCAGAAUCGGUGUUUGUGCUUUGGAUGUCAAGGCUCGCAGCAAGCCAAGCCAAAAUAUACUGACCCGCCUGCAAGCUAAAGGGGGUUUCGAAGUAAUUGUCUUCGGUGACAAGGUUAUUCUUGACGAGGCUGUAGAAAAUUGGCCAGUUUGCGAAUACCUCAUAGCAUUCUUCUCGGAUGGGUUUCCAUUGGACAAAGCUAUCGCAUAUGCGAGACUUCGGAAGCCAUUCUGCGUCAAUGAUUUACCCAUGCAAAAGGUGCUAUGGGACCGUCGCCUUUGUCUCAGAAUACUAGAUCAUAUGGGUGUGCCGUCUCCCAAGAGAAUGGAGGUUAACAGAGAUGGUGGACCGAUACUAGAAUCCGCUGAACUCGCUCAACAUGUAUAUAGGAUGACAGGGGUCAAACUUGAAGGGCCCAGCGACGGCACUGGAGGAGGGGCGUCUCGAACAAUGAAUGUCGCAAUGUCUGAUGAUGGUGAUUCUUUAAUUGUUGACGGCAAAGUUCUCAAGAAACCGUUCGUUGAGAAGCCGGUGAACGGAGAAGACCACAAUAUUCACAUAUACUUCCCGAACGACCAACAAUAUGGGGGGGGUGGCAGGAGGCUUUUCCGCAAAGUCGGUAACAAAAGCUCCGAAUAUGAUCCCAACCUCAUUGUUCCGAGAUCGAUAUCGGAAAACAAUACGAGCUACAUAUACGAGCAGUUCCUGAGGGUCGAUAAUUCUGAGGAUGUCAAAGCCUACACGGUUGGACCAGAUUUUUGCCAUGCCGAAACGCGCAAGUCUCCUGUAGUCGAUGGGCUUGUUCGGCGCAAUACACAUGGAAAAGAAAUCCGAUACAUAACAAAGCUGAGCAAGGAAGAAGCAUCGAUCGCGUCGAAAAUCUCAAAUGGGUUUGGGCAGAGAAUAUGCGGGUUUGACAUGCUCCGUGUUGGCGAGAAUAGCUAUGUGAUCGACGUGAAUGGCUGGAGUUUUGUCAAAGAUAAUAACGACUAUUACGACAAAUGUGCUGGUAUUUUGAGGGAGAUGUUCUUGAAUGAGAAGCUCCGAUGCGAAGGUCUGCCAGAGCCAAUUGACUCUCUGCCUCAGGAACCUAGCCACAACUGGAGGCAUUCUAUAUCACACAGGAAUACUUUGAAGACCCUAUUGAAAUCCCCCAGCUCAUCAAAGCUUCAGGGCCCUCAGCAAAGUAUCAACAGCUCUGAAACCGGUUCAUCUGAGUCUAUUGUCAACCGGCCGAUCUCGUCGCCUUCAGGCGAGAGCCUGGACAAUGGAAGCAGCCACAAAAGCCCCGUCGCGCGAGAAAAAAAUGCAACUACAAGACCCCCCGAUCCGCAAAACCUGAAAUCGUCUAUAGUGUCAGUGGAUUCAUUCAUUGAUGGCUGCCCGCCCCCUCCUCCUGCUUCCAAGCACUCCUGGAAAUUGAAGGGCAUGGUCGCGGUCAUUAGACACGCCGAUCGCACACCAAAACAGAAGUUCAAGUUCACUUUCCACAGUCAACCUUUCAUUGAUCUGCUGAAAGGUCACCAAGAAGAGGUGGUUAUCAAAGGCGAAGCCGCGUUGGCGAGUGUUUCGGAAGCAGUAAGAGUUGCUAUGAAAGAAGAGCUCGAAGAUUUGGAUAAGCUGAAGUUACUACGCACAUCUUUGGAGAGAAAAGGCGGUUGGCCUGGCACAAAGGUCCAAAUCAAGCCGAUGUUCCGCAAAAGGAGACCUGAAGAGUUACGAGGACAGUCCUCCUCUACUCACGUCACGACCCACCUUGCUGCGGAGUCUCAAAACGAGUCCCCCCAGCCCACGUCCUGCCACGACCAAACUUUGACAGAAGAUAGAAAUGGCCGUCCCCCAACGCGAAGUGACUCAAUCUCUGGUGCUACUUUUUCGAGGUUCUCAGCUGUGGAGAACGACCUUAUCCUAGAUAAACUUCAGCUCGUCAUCAAGUGGGGAGGUGAACCGACCCAUGCUGCACGCUAUCAGUCCCAAGAUUUAGGGCUCAACAUGCGUGAUGAUCUGAAAUUGAUGAAUAAAGAGGCAUUGAAUAAUGUCCGUAUCUUUACUAGCUCAGAGAGAAGGGUGAGCACUAGUGCUCAAAUCUGGGCCUGCGCUUUUCUUGACCAGAAGGAACUUCCUGAGAACUUCAUUCAGGUACGAAAGGAUCUUCUCGAUGACUCCAAUGCCGCAAAGGAUCUCAUGGACAAGGUCAAGAAGAAAUUAAAACUCCUUCUUCGGGAAGGAUCGGCACCAUCACAAUUCACAUGGCCAAAAGACAAUAUCCCCGAACCAUCAGUGGUCCUCGCAACUGUUGUCGAGUUAAUGAAAUAUCACCGAGGUGUUAUGAGACAUAACUUUCGCAUGAUCGACAAGUUAUCGCCAAAGCCGUUGGUAUCCGUUCCUCCUGAUAUUUUUGACGGGGACCGCACCCGCCACUCGGAUGCUGAGUACGAAAACCCUGCAUUGGAUUCCAUCCAAGGACGUUGGUGUACUGGAGAAGACCCGAUGCUCUUCAAGGAGAGAUGGGAAAAACUAUUCGCCGAGUUCUGCGAUACGGAGAAGGUCGAUCCAAGCAAGCUUUCUGAGCUCUAUGAUAGCAUGAAAUUUGAUGCCCUACACAAUCGGCAAUUUUUAGAAUGGGUUUUCAUGCCGCCAGAUAGUGAUGACAGCGAGGACGAACAAAAUGUUCAUAGCUGGAAGAAGAUCACGCGGAACGACCUGGUUGGAGAUACCAAAACAAGCAAAGAUGGUGUCAACCAUGAGAACUAUGUACAGGCCGAUUCGUCAUCCUUUGCUCAUCGAUUUGGCUGGAAGAAGCGCAUGCACGCCUUUGAAUCAAUGCCACACUUUAGAGGGCUCGAUGACACUUACGACCACUACUUCAAAUUGUACCCUGGCUCUAGUCCCUCGAAGUGUAAAAUGGAUGGAAGACUAUCAAAACUGAGAGAGCUAUAUAAAUUGGCCAAAGUUCUCUUUGAUUAUGUGACCCCACAGGAAUAUGGGAUUACAGACACGGAAAAGCUUGAAAUUGGCUUGCUCACGUCGUUGCCCCUGCUACAGGGAAUAGUCAGAGAUCUUGAGGAAGUUCAGGCCUCCUCUGAUGCGAAGUCUUUUUUCUACUUCACAAAGGAGUCUCACAUCUACACCCUGCUGAAUUGCAUACUGGAAGGAGGGAUCCAAACCAAAAUCGCCAGGACAGCUAUACCUGAGCUGGACUAUCUUUCACAGAUCUGCUUCGAGCUCUAUGAAGCUAAGGACUGUGAGUCUUCAACUAGUUCUUACUCCAUUCGCAUAUCUAUCAGCCCUGGAUGCCAUGCAUUCGAUCCUCUAGAUGUCCAGCUUGAUUCUAGACAUGCUAUUGGCUGUGCUCCUCGACGAAGCCUGACGCCCCAUCAAGAUUGGAAGGAAGUCAUAGAAACACUAAAGGCGAAGUUCGAUACUGUCAGUUUACCGAAGACCUUUAUUGCUGUGAAUUUGAGUGACAAACAUGUACCCGCUCGGGGGGAUAUCUCUCCACCAGAAUCGAACGGCAUCUAGCUUAGGUGUAAACACUCGACGGGACGAAAGGGCAUGACCCCUUGCUAACCUAAGAUCUGUAUCUCCUGGCAUUCAUUCCAUUGAUUUUAGAGAUGAUCUCGCUGCAAUUAGGCCGUGUCAUGUGCAGUAGUUUGUAUUUGCUGCUACCUAGCAAACUGUAUCAUUCCAAGUUGGAAGGCCUUGUUGCUCGCGAUUUGCCUCUCACAUAAAUUCUCAUAUUAUAAUGGAAGC